UUAAAUAAAAUCAAAUUGAACAAAAAAAUUUAAAAUAACAAAGAUCUCUCUCAUUCAAUCAGAAACAAAAAAAAGUCAAAUAAAUUAAAACAUAAAUACAUUAUUUGCAUUUACUUUAUUUGCGAGUCACUGAUCUAUUGCUAAACAAACAAAUCCUAAAUAAUAAAGUUCAUAAACAACUUCUCAAAUAUAUUGUAUUACUUACUUACUUACUCUCUCCAGAAAAAAAAGUCUUCAAACACCUCAUCAAUUUAAAUAUUUAAGUCAUUUAAUUUAUACUAACUAACUAACAUAAAAAUGGAGCUUGAAAAUUUCACCUACCCUGCCCUCAACUCUGCUAGAAGUAAUUCAGAAUAAUUCGAUUAAACUGAAGGAGAUAGUCAAUAAUUAGACCUCUCCCAAUACAACUCUUCAAAUACCAGCUUCUCUCAAACAUCAUCUUAAAAUUCAUACUCAUCUCCUUACGCUAAUAGUUACCAAUAAUAGUAACAAUAAUACCACUAUUAAAUGAGAGUAUAAUAAUAGAACUACUAUAACCAUUAGUAAUAGUAAAUUCAAUAAUAUUAACAAUAAUAAUACUAUUAAUAUCAUUUCAAUUAAGGAAUGCUCUAAUACCAUCACGUUCCUAUGCAAUAGUAAGUUCCUAUGUUCCCCAUGUAAUAACAGCCUUACUACUAGUAACCUUACUACCCUCAACAAUAAUAUCCAUAAUAGUAUAACCCUUAAGCUUACUUGUAUCAUUAAUCUUUUGAUUAGAAUUAAUACCAUCCUUAGGUUGUUUAACGCUCUUCUUCUAAUUUAUCAGCUUCUUCUUGCUCUUCUUAUUCUUCCAAGCAAUAAACUCCUGAACAAAGCGGUAAAAACGCUAAAAUGGAAGCUAUGCGUAAAAGACUCUCCUGUGUUGAUACAGGAAAAGGAGGACUUAUCUUAAAGUAAUUUGGUAAAAGAAAUAGCAGUGGAAACAACAUACCUACUUUCAAUUCUAAUUUCUAACCUCAAUACUGA